AUGGUCAAAAACGCAAGUUUGGAUUCUCAGAGCACGGUAGUUUGGAAUACUUUGAUCAAGUUCGCAUGUGUGGCAAAAAGGCAUAAACUUGCUUUCCAAUUAUUCAACCAGAUGAAGAAGCGUGGUUUUAACCCUUCCCUCCGCACGUUUCAUACUUUGUUGGCAGGCUUGCGCCAUGCAGCAGGCCCACUAACAUCACCACAAGUGGAAAGGGCUAGGAACAUUUUUGCGCAGUACCAGAAGUAUCAGCGUGUGGUGCAAGCAUCAAAUCCUGCCAGCAGUGAACUUAGUCUGGAGCCCGUGAACGAAUACAUAACUAUUCUCGCGUCCUCGCAUUUGUAUCAAGAGAUGUUCGAUGUAUUCUACGGCCUCGACAAGACCGGACCGCUCUCACCAGACCAAUAUGUGUUUUCCCGAAUGAUAUUGGCAUUGGGCAAACGUCGGGCGCUCCAUACUGGAGGCACCCAAGCUCCAGAAGGCGGAACAGUAGAUGUCAACCUCAGAAACGCCGCGGAUGUUAGAUUCCUUUGGCACCAGAUGGUCAAGGCCGCUCAACGCACCUUAUUUCCAAUUGACUCUCAUUUGAUAGCGGCGGCGCUCUUCGUCCUAGCGAAGGGUGCAACCACAGAUCAUAUGUUGGGCCACUCUAUCAUUCGUGAUUACCUUGUCCUACCGAUAACGGAUGGAACCACCAGUGCUCUUGGAGAACCACUCUCAUACCAUAGCCUGCUUGCUGCUUUGUGCUUGUGCAAUGCAUCUGGAGAUUAUGCCCGAACCUGCCACCUCUAUGAGCAAGUCUCGACUCCAAGAAAAGUGCCAUAA